AUGGCGAUGCUGUCUCUAUUGGCGACAGAAAACUCAGUUCUGCGUGAGCACCUAGAAAACGCACCUCGGAUUUCCAAGUAUACAUGUCCGGAUAUCCAGAACGAGAUCAUCUUUUUUUCAGCAAAGCAGAUUCUCGAUGGCUUAAUUGACAAUUGCAAGAGAUCUGUCAUUUAUGCAUUAAUUGCUGAUGAGUCGACUGAUGUUACAAAUAACGAGGAAAUUUCUAUUUGUAUACGUUUUGUUGACAGGAAAGAGGACGGGAAACAUCUCAUAAGUGAAGAAUUCCUUACUUUUGUACAUGCAGACAAAGGAAGCAACGCUGAGGAACUCACAACAAAAUUGCUAGAGACCAUCCAGAGCGUCGGUUUUUCAGUGAAUGAUAUGAGAGCCCAAGGAUAUGAUGAGUGGGCACGUGAGUGGUGUGCAAACACGGAUUCGUCAAGUAAAUCCAAAUGCUGUUUAUAUCCAUUGUCGACCUCAUGUUAAGCCUCUGUAUUGUCCAUGCAUCAAAGCUUCCACUUGUGAGAAACAUCAUGGAUACCAUGCAAGAAGCUACGUUGGCCUUUAAGUUCUCUGCAAAACGUUUGUUUCUAUUUAAAGAACAACUUGGAGACAAUCCUGUUGCUAGAGAAGAAAUGGGAAGACGCUCAAAGCUGAAGGUGCUUUGUGAAACGCGCUGGGCCUCCGGAGCAGAUUGCCAGGCAGUUUUCUUCGACGCUUUCAAGGUAUUAAUUGAUAUUAAUAAUCUGAAUCAUAGCCCAUCUUUUAUGAGCUAUAUACAAUGGAACAUUUUGCUUAUCCAUCAAUGUUCAUUUUCAGGUUAUAGUCGACACGUUAGACCAGCUAAGCGAGGAAGGUGAUAGCAAAGCCAGAGCGCUCCACGCGUCUAUUCUGAAAUGGGACUGCAUUAUUACUCUUGUUGUGCUUCAGCAUAUUUUUGAAUAUACUAACAAGCUGCUGGUAUGCCUUCAAGUGAGAUCAAAUGAUAAUAUAUCUUUGACUUUUACAUUUACUACAUUACUAAGAAUCAAAACCAUUUUUUUGUACCCAGAACCCUGACCUCGAAUUGAUUCAAGCCUCUGAAGAAGCAAAAACCUGCCUCUCUGUUCUGAAUGCCGAGCGAAAUGACAAUGCUGUUUGGGAGGCCUUGAUGGAAAAGGCUAUAGAAAUCGCCUCGGAUUACGGCAUUGAUCCAUCAUCGCCAAGAACGGCAGGAAGGCAACAACAUCACAACAACGUUCCAGCGGAUACUCCAUCAGCAUAUUGGAAAAGGGCAAUGUAUUUGCCAUUUCUAGAUCACCUCGUUACAGAGAUCAAUGAAAAGCUCGUGGUGCCACUACCAGGCUUCGAGGCUCAGCUCCUUAUCCCAGGUAAAUGACAUCGCAUUGGCUACAAGAAUUUUGUGGAUCAUGUUCAUUUGACCGCUCAGUGGUUUAGCACAUAGACCACAGAUUACUGUUCUUGCUGAUAGGAAAGCUUGGCCUGUUGACGGAGGAAAAAAUUGAAGUCGAUCCAUGCUUACUACGGUAG